AAAGCCAAAUGCUGCAUGGAGGUUUACAGUAAUGAAAUAAAGAAUUGGGACAUUUUCAACGCAACUAAAAUACUUGAAAGUGUUCUGCAGGAAACUAAGGUAGAGGAGGAAACUUCCAUUUAUGUUGGUCCUUUAGUAGCUCUCCUACAGAAGCCCCCUAACAUUUCCAGGAGUAUUGAGAUUUAUGCCAAUGACACUCAGGCGAUGUCGAAUGCAGACGUGUUGAACAGAGCUGUGAGAGUUCAGCUGCCGGCAGAGCUGCAUGCUGGAGGGAAAAACACUGUGGUGUUCUGUAUGAUUCAGCUGUGGAACCAGACUUCCAUGGAGGUCAUGGAGAACCUGUAUGAACACCGACUCAUUGGAAUCAGUGUGGGCAGGCCUGUUGCCGGACUUCAGGAACGAAUCAACAUCACCAUAAGUGUUGCAUCGAGCAUAAAUGACACCCUGAAACCUAAGUGUGUCUUCUUAGAUACUACAGCUAACAAACUAAGCACAAAGGGCUGUAAAGAUGCCGAAUAUAAUCAGACGCACAUCACCUGUUCUUGCGACCAUCUAACAUACUUCGGCGUGCUCUUGGUGUCUGCAGAUCUCUCUCCAAAAGAUGCUGAGAUCCUGUCGUACAUCACCUACAUCGGGUGCGGUAUCUCCCUUUUUGCCCUCGUCAUCACUGUUUUACUCUUCAUCACCAACAGGAAGGUCAGAGGCGACGAUUCCAAGAAGAUCCACAUCAGCCUCACGGUCGCUCUGAUCCUCCUAAACGUUCACUUCCUCCCCAGCCAGGCAGUGGCAGCAAUGCCCUCUAGUGAGCUUUGUCUCUAUGUGGCUCUUCUGCUUCAUUAUUCCCUGUUGGCCUCUUUCAUCUGGAUGGCCUUGGAGGGCUUCCACCUCUAUCUUCUCCUGGUUAAGGUUUUUAACAUCUAUGUGAGGAGAUACCUGCUCAAACUUAGUGUGGUGGGAUGGGGUGUUCCAGCUGUCAUAGUGGCAGUGGUGGUGAUCAGAGAUAAAAACACUUAUGGUCGUACCCCUUUGGACUCAUCUAAUGACACUGAAGUAUGCUAUAUAACCGAUGAAAAAGUUAAGAUUGUGACCACGGUGGGAGUGUUCGGCUUGGUGUUCGUCUUUAAUUUGAUCAUGUUCGGCGUGUUGAUUAAAUGGUUCAUGGGGCCACACUUCAGCAAAGAGCGCAGACAAGCUGAGCGUAAUGCAGCUAAGAAAAAAAUGUUCACCCUGCUGGUUCUCAUGGUUCUGCUUGGUCUCACUUGGGGCCUGAUCUUCUUCUCACUGGGCUACGUGAAUACUCCUGUCCUCUACAUCUUCUGCAUUGUGAACUCAUUGCAAGGUUUAUUCAUCUUCAUUUACUUUGUUUUGACUCUAAAAAAUAUGAAAGAGUCAGCCCCCAUGCAAAGCACUGACUCACAGACUCAGAGCUCUAAAAUCUGAAAACCUUCCUCAGGUUCACACCCUGAAGAUGGAGUCUUUCUCUCCUUGACAAGAUAAACCUUUUAUUUGCUCUCAAAAACAUGCAGCUGGUUUAAACUCACCACAGCUUUAAGAUAAGAUAAGUUAAUCCCCUGCUUUGCAGUGCCUCUGUGGC